AUGGCGUUUGCUGGGACAAAAAUCAGUUUGUCCCAGCCGGAUAUCACGCAGAAACUAACGGAGCGCAUAGACGACCUGAAGCAAAAAAAUGCUGCUUGGGGGAAGCGGAUUCGCCGAUUUACCGAGAGGUCAAGGCGGUUCAACCAGAAUCGUCUCUUCCAGAGUGAUCAGAAGAGGCUCUACAAAUCAUUGGAGCGACCAGAGGUAUGUGGAGCGGGCCCAGGACCGGAUCAGGCUAACACUGUCGCAUUUUGGCGUGGCCUGUGGUCAGAGCCCGUAAACCACAGCGAGGGCUCUUGGACGGAAGUUGUGGCGAGUCAGUGUGCGAGUAUUACGCCCAUGGACCCCGUCAUCAUAACGCCGGAUGACGUAGCUGAGGCGGUCCGUAGAGCCCCGAACUGGAAAAGUCCGGGACUCGACGGACUGCAUCACUACUGGCUGAAGGGGUUCAUGGUGUGUCACGCUGUGCUCGCCCGUCAGUUUCAAGAGGCUCUCAACCAGAAGUCGCUCCCUAGCCUCUUCACUACUGGGAUCACUCAUUUGGUUCCUAAAGACCAGGAGCAUGCUUAUCAAAUAAUUCUAAAAUUUUUUUGGAAAACUCAGAUACCAUUUGAUCGACACAGCUAA